GCAAGUUAAAAGUUAAAUUUAUGAUUCAAAGUCGCCAAUUUAGAAAGACUCAUGUAGAUAUGCAUUAUGCUUCUGCUAUUUUUAGGUACCAAAAAGAGUUUGCAAUAAUGUAUAAACCAUUUUGUAAUUUUGUGUGUAUGGAUGAUAAGCACAAAUUGAAAGUUGGGGAGCCUGGAUAUCCAGUUGCAACUGUGGAAAGGGGGAAGCAGGUCAUUGUCGCCAUGGGGAAAAAAUUUGAAGUUGCUGAUCACGACUUCACAAAAUUUUCAAUAACUCCUAGUGUGAAUUUAUUUUCAGAGAUUCCAGAUGAAAUUGAAAAAACAUUUUAUGGUGGGCAAGUGUUUGUUGGUGUAAAAGAAACAGCAUUUCAAUCUUCUUCCCCAUGGCGGCAUGCAACUGAAAUGUCUAAAAUUUUGAAAAAUUCAUUUCUAGAAAAUGGUAUGAUUAAGCCCAUUUUAAUUUUUUACAGUGAUGGAGGUCCCGACCAUAGAUUGACAUAUGUUUCUGUUCAAAUGUCCUUGAUUUGCCUGUUUCUUAUAUUUGAUCUUGAUUUGAUUUGUGUAGCUAGAACCCCUCCACAAAAUAGUUGGAAAAAUCCAGCAGAAAGAAUUAUGUCCAUCUUGAACUUGGGUUUCCAGUCAGUAGGACUGAUGCGUGAAAAAACAGAGCAUUAUGAAAAACAAUUAGAUUCUGUAAAUUCAUUAGGUGAAAUUAGAAAACUAGCAGAAAAAUAUCCUACGGUUGAGGAAGAGGUUUUAGACUCAGUAGAGCCUGUUCGUAUUUUAUUGUCAAAUGUAAUAACUAGGCUCAAAUGGAAAGAUAAAAACUUAAAGGUCUUUGAUCCAGCAACAGAGGGUGAAAUAUUUGAUUUCAGACGUGAAAUAUUAAAAAUAGACCAGGAUAUUAAAGUAACAGAUAGUACUCAGCAGGAUAUUAAAAAAAGAAAAUUGUUUAUGAGUUUUUUGAAUGAUCAUUGUAAAAUUGCUCAGUACAUUUUUAGUGUAAAAAAAUGUGGUAAAACGUCAUGUCAUGUUUGCAAAAAACCUCGUUUAAGUAAUGAAAUGUUUGAAAGUCUUUAUCAUCUUCCGGACCCAGAGCCGCUUAAUUGUGACAAGUAUAAAUCAUUUGAUCAGUUAUAUGGAAAGCCAACAUCAGAAAAAUAUCGACCAUCACUCACUGGCAAACCAUCAUCUGAACAUGGAUUACCAUUUUCUCCAUCUUCUCAGUACGCUAAGAAUGUGGAAAUGGUUGUUCUAUGUUCAGAUUGUGAUAAACCUAGAGUACUCUACUCCAAAAAGGUAGUAAGGGGUGUCAGAAGGACACAAUUAGUAAACAGUUUAACUGAUAUUCAGUACACAUGUGGUUUCUCAUUUGAUGAGUUAGAUCUUGAAGAAGAAACCCAUGUUUUGAAAACUGUGUUUGUACGAAAAAACAUUACAUGUAACUGUACUGUAGAAUUAACUUAUUAUUCUGCUGGUUUUGAAGAUGUUUGUUUCUUUUGUGGAACUGAUGAGCUUGAACCUGCUGAAGCAGGUGAUGAAGAUGAAGCUAAUGAAUAUUAUCCUAUAUGUACUGGUUGUAAAGAGAAUGGUAAAAAACUUGUCGAAAGACGUACUAGGAACAAAUUUAAUCCUAAAUGA